AUGGUAUUUACAUCCAAACGGAAGGUUGAACCGAUUCCUCAGCUCGACUUGCUGUCUUUCCUCUUCGAUGGACCCUCUUCACUCGCUAAAGAAGACACGGUUCUCCACGCCGAAGCCGCGAACCCAAAUAACUUCAUCACCAAGGCCCAAGCGCGUGUUCUGACGCGCCGCAUUGCUUAUGUCCUGCGCAACCGCUUUGGCAUAGGGGAAAAUGGAAGCGGUGAAGAUAUUGUAGUGGUCAUGUCAACUGGCCAGAUAAUGCUCCCCAUCCUAUUCAUGGCUAUUAUCGCUGCUGGAGGUGUUGCAUCUUUGGCUUCGCCCUCCUUUCGGCCAGAAGAGCUUGCGCGCCAAAUCCAACAGGGAUCGGCCAAACUAUGCAUUUCGUGUGCCGCGACUGAGGAUAUACUUCUGGCCGCUUCACGUCUAACGAACACUCCGUCGCAUCGAUGCUUGGUUCUAGAAUCGACCGCCCCAUGGCGACUGCGACUGCUGACCAGCUCUUCGCGUAUUAACAUUGUGGGCAAUGAGGAACUAGAGUGGAAGAGAAUCACCUCGAGGAAAGAGCUUGAUGACAGUCUCAUCUGUCUACUCUAUAGUUCUGGAACGACGGGUCCGCCCAAAGGAGUUAUGAUGUCGCAUACCAACAUGGUGUCUCUUCCCACCAUGACCAGCGUGUCGCUGCGUGAAACCUGGCAGAAAGAGGGGAAGUACGACUAUCGUACUCUCGCGCAUCUCCCAACCGCACAUGUCGCGGGAGUUCUUGGUUAUUUCUGCCUUCCAUUCCACAACGGCGGGGUCACGUAUUGGAUGCCUAAAUUCGACUUUUUGGAUUUCCUCAAAUACAACGAGCAAUUAAAGAUCACAACCUUCUUCAGUGUUCCGCCGAUUUAUCUGCUUCUUGUGAAGUCCCCCAUGGUCAAGAAUCAGUUCAAAGCCCUCAGGCAUGCGACCGCGGGGGCAGCACCAAUGGGAAAGGACUUGCAGAGCGCCGCAUGCAGCAAGCUCGGAGUUACCAUCGCUCAAACAUGGGGCCUAUCGGAGACGUCCGGUUCUGUCACAUUGGGAGACAUUAAUGUUCAAGACCCAAGCGGGAGCGUAGGUCUGAUACUUCCCCGCAUGGAACUUCGUAUUGUCGACGAUGAUGGCAAGGAAUGUGCUCCGAAUACGCCUGGUGAAAUCCUUGUUCGGGGACCCACAAUCAGCAACGGCUACUACAACAACCCCGCUGCGAAUGCGGAGACCUUCCAGGACGGUUUUCUUUGCACGGGAGAUAUUGGAUAUUUUCAAAAUGACCGACUUUAUAUUGUGGACCGGAAGAAAGAGCUGAUCAAGUAUAAAGGCCUACAGAUCGCCCCAGCAGAAUUAGAAGCGACUCUCCUCUCGCAUCCGCGGAUCUUGGACGCUGGCGUCGUUGGUGUCUAUUCGACUGAGUUGGCCACCGAGGUGCCUCGUGCUUACGUAGUUGCGGACCCGAAGGUCAUCAGUGCCGAGGAGAUUCAGGCUUUCAUCAAAGGCCGCCUUGCAAGCUACAAACAGCUGCGCGGUGGUGUCGUCUUCAUUCCUGCCAUCCCCAAAUUGCCGUCAGGGAAGAUUUUGCGCAAAGAUCUACGCAUGCUGGCUGCUGGCAAGGCGAAGCUGUGA